AUGAAUUUUUUAAAAAAAAUAUCAAUUUUAAAGGCAAUAAUAAAAAAGAAAUUAAAUAAAAAGCAAUAAAAAUUACAAAUAAAAAUUAAUAUUUAAAGAGCAAAAUAAGAAAAAUAAAGCAAAGAAAAUAAAGAAAAAAGAAAUUAAAAGAAUCAAGCAAACAAACAAGAAAGCAAUAAAAUUAACAAAAAGAUAGAAAAAAAUAAAAAAGUAAAACAAAUAAAUACAAAUACAAAUACAAAAUAACAAUAUAAAAGAAAAGAAUAAAUUAAAUAUUUAUAAUAAAUAAUACUCACUUAUUUUGCUUCUAUAUAUUUCCAUUAUGAUAAAUCCAAAAUUAAAUUUUUUUUUAGAAAUUUGAUAUAAAAGAAACAAUUAAAAAGCUAAUUUUCAGAUAGAUAAGCAACAAUUCAUUUUUGUUAAGUACUUAACAAUCAAUAUUUUUUUUAUUAUAAAAUAUUUUUAAAAAAACAAAUUAUUAUUUUAGAUUUGAAAAUAAAAUCUGAAAUGAUAUUUAUUUAAUAUUUGUUAUUUAAGUUUCUUUUUUAAAUUCAUUAUCAGCUACUGAAUAAAAAAGAUGCCUGUAAUAUUUAUUUGCUAUUGGAAAUAUUUAAUUCUUAUCCUAAUCAAUUUAUUUUUUUUUUUUAACUUCUUUUUAUUGGUAUUUUAUAAAAACACAUAUUUAAAAUUUGCGUAUUAGAUGUUUCUUUAAGGCUUUAUAAGGCAUUUCUUUAAUUAUUAUUAAAAAGAUGUUUUUCUUCAAUUUUUUAAUUUUUGUUAAGAAAUUUUAAUCAAUUAACUUAUACUGUAAAAAGAAGAAGCUUAUGUUUUUCAGCUUUUUUUUGUUUGUGA